AUGUUUGCGAUUCCUCCUCCCCCUCGUUAUCCUACGAAUAGCGGCUUGGUGGCUACAACGCUUGAGACGGCGAAUACUUUAACCUUUCGAGAAGGUGCAGAAUACACAUUUCAAGCUGGCGAAGGCACGUAUAUUCUGCGAGACGACCUGCAACUGGCGACGCCUCCCCCUCAUCCCUCAGAAGCCCCAGUGGUCAACCCCAAUCCACUGGCAACCAGUGUCGUUCCUCCGACUAGUGGAGUUAAAUUGUCGCUGGUGUCGUUGAAUCCGAAACAAGUCAACCAUGACUUGUAUAAGCCUCAUACUGCUACAAGCAGUCUCUUACGAUGGAAAUCGUUAGGGCUGAACAGUAUCAAGGAAGGCAAGGAGUUGAAAGAGAUCAAGGAGAUUAAAGAGACCAAAGAAACCAAAGAACUAGAAAGAGAGCCAAGGGUAUCUAUUGAGACGUCCAGUGACAUCAGCAAUCCUGCUGUAUCGGCAAAUGGCAGCAAUAGAUCGAGUACUGUCCGGGCCUUUGGUGAGGGCAACGCGGCACUGUCACCAAUCGCCAGUAGAGGAGAUGGCCUCAAGAGACGGAAACCCAGGAACAACAUUAUCAAGAGCAACUCUUCGUUUGUCUCUCGGGUCAUUCCGCAUGAAGCACUGGCCAGAAAGCUGGUGGAACGAGACCAAGGUGGUACCUUUGCGUUUGCCAAUAUAAACCGAGCCUUUCAGUGGCUGGACCUGUCUUCAAGCUCGAAACAGGACCCCAUGACUAAGAUACUCUUCACCAAAGCACACAUGCUGUGUCAUGAUGUCAAUCCCCUCACGAAGCACCCGACACAUAUGGACGUUGUGAUGGGCUCUUCGGCCAGUGAUAUAAUCUGGUACGAACCCAUGUCCCAAAAGUAUGCGCGCAUCAACAAGAAUGGCAUUAUCAACAACUCGGCGGUUGCAAAGAUCAAAUGGAUCCCGGGCUCGGAAAACCACUUUCUUUCUGCUCACAUGGACGGCACCCUGGUGGUGUACGACAAAGAGAAAGAAGACGCCCCAUUUGUGUCGGAGGAGCUAGUGGAUGAGGGUAUCAGUAUUGAGGACGACGACCAGUCCACGCUAGUCAUCACCAAGAGCGUCAAUUCGACGAACCAGAAAGCCAACCCUGUGGCCUGUUGGAAAAUAUCAAAUCAAGCCAUUACCGAUUUCGCCUUCUCGCCUGACAGUAAGCACCUGGCAGUGGUUGGGGAUGAUGGCUGUCUCCGGAUAAUUGAUUACUUACAGGAAAGGUUAACUGACAUAUAUUCAUCUUACUAUGGUGCAUUCACCUGUGUUUGUUGGUCGCCAGACGGUAAAUACGUGCUUACCGGCGGUCAAGACGACCUGGUCACAAUCUGGUCGCUUCAUGAAAGACAGAUCAUUGCCCGAUGCCCCGGGCAUGACUCAUGGGUCACGGCGGUGGCAUUUGAUCCCUGGCGCUGUGACGAUCGAAACUACCGCUUCGGCAGUGUCGGGGAAGACUGCAAGCUUCUGCUCUGGGAUUUCAGUGUGGGCAUGCUGCAUCGACCGAAAGGAGCCAAUGCGAGGGCAAGAGGUAGUAUCUCGACACUAUCAGUACCUCUUCUACGUCAGCGGACAGAGAGCGCCAGUGUAAUCAACAGGAUUAGGUCUGACUCCAACCGAACUGGUAGUAUCCAACAGGACAUUGUCGACGAAUCCGAGUUCAUCGAGCACCCUGUGGAGCCGCGAGCGCGGACUGCUCAGCUACCUCCUGUCAUGUCCAAGAAGAUUGAUGAACAUCCACUCAGUGGUUUAGCGUUCGAACAGGAUUGUAUCAUAACUUCUUGUCUGGAAGGGCAUGUGCGUACCUGGGACCGUCCUCGAGAAGGCGCAAAUAGCAGUCAAAUCGACCUAUCAGGGCAGCAGAGGCCUUAA